AUGGAUCCCACCGUUGCAUCUCUCAAUGCUGCAGCCACUGCUGGAGACCUCGAAGCGUUGCAACAAGCAAUAGGAAAUCUUCACAACGGCCCGAGCAGGAGCCAUGAUCUGGGACGAGCUCUUGCCAUCACAAUGGACCGCAGUCACGUUGCUUGCUUCAGGAUUCUCCUACAGAGUGGAGCCGCUUUCAAUCUCUCAGAUACACAAGGAAACCGGUUGAUCCACAUCGCUAGCAGAGAAUAUAGCCAUGUUCCUUUUCUUGAGAUUCUAAUCGAACAAGGAGCUUCUUUGGAGGCUAGAAAUGACCAGGAACAAACACCUCUUCACAUUGCCUGCAGCGGUCCUUGCAUUCCGGCUGCUCAGCUUCUAAUAAACAGUGGAGCAGCACUUGAAUCUCGAGAUCGGAAUGGGAACACGGCUCUCCAUUGUGCGUGUCUUGCUAACUCUGUUUACCUCAUGGAGAUGCUUCUUGAAAAUGGUGCCCGACCAGAGGCCGAGAACAACAACCGUGAAAGAGCUUUACAUUUGGCAUGCAUACUAAAUUUCCAGCAAUGUGCUAAGUAUCUUCUCAGUCGAGGUGCUCGUCCCAACUUAUGCGUCGACAUCACUCGACGUACAAACCUACACUGGGCAUGCAUGAUGGAAAAUGGAAUCGAAUAUGUUCAGGCUCUUCUUCUUUGGGGAGCGCAUCCUGAUGCCAAAGACAAGAAAGGGCGGACUCCUCUUCACAUGCUGUGCCAGCGAGAGUCUUUGGACGUCCUUGAUGUCCUCUUAGGUGCAGGAGCCGAUGCAAAAAUCGUGGAUUACAAGGGGAAAACAGCUGUGUACCAUGCGGUUACAAGCCAUGAGACAAGUGCUGAAACUCAAACCCUCAUACUGAACAGUUUGAUUAAUGCUGGUGCUGAUCCAAAACUACCAUGCCAUGCUGGACAGAGACCACAAGAUGUUGCAGUUCAUAGUAUAAUCAAGUAUGCUUUGGAAAUUUUCUGA